GUUUCAUUUUUGUUGUUGUUGUGUAUAGUUCAUGGUAUAGAGUAUGCAUUUGGAGCUCAUGAAUAUCCAAGCACUGGGAUUUUCGAAGGAGAACCAAAACAAUGUGAAGGCUUUACGUUUAGGAAAUCGGUUCUGAUUGGUAAAACGGAUCUUGGUCCUUUGGAAGUGAGAGCUACUAUGGAACAACUUGCUGACAAGUACAAGGGGAGUUCUUACAAUCUCAUCACCAAGAACUGCAACCAUUUCUGCGAAGAGACUUGUAUUAAGUUGACUGGGAAUCCAAUCCCUAGUUGGGUUAACCGCCUUGCAAGAAUCGGUAAAAUCUCUGGGUUCAUGUGCAACUGUGUGCUUCCUGCGACCAUAAACGCGACCAGGCUUGGAAACAACAGAAUCAAUCAAGACAAAUCAUGUGAAGCAGAAACUGAGAAGAAGAAACUGACGAGUGCAUCAAGCAGAGAAGAGGGGUCUACGAUCGCUACUCCUUCGUCGUCGUCUUCGUCUCCUUCAGUUCAAGUCCGCGGUCGAAGCAGGAAAAGGCGUCCUCGUGCUCUGCAACCUUCAUCGCCAUUGAUUCUCGGAUCUUCCUCCGUUUGACUUAUAAAUAAAAGAAUAUGGCCUUUGUUGUGUUAUUAUUAAAAGAAUCCAUUUUUGAUCUCUCAACUAGAGAGAGAGACCACUCUGUUUUAUUCCUUUUUUAUUUCGAGUGUGCGCUUUGUAAUCUUGUUAAUAUGCAAAUCUUGUUUACAUUUUCGUUUCAGUUUUUGGAUAUUA